AUUCAACAAUACCAAACGAAACCUAAAUUACAUCAUGCAAUAUGAUCCUUUUAGAGUCGACCAAAUAUUUGGUUUCAAAAGUAAACCAAUAAUGUGACCAAUCAAGCAAGCAAGCCAUUAACGAGAGACAGCUCACAUCUAAUUAUAUGCGUUUCUUGUGGUGAACUACUCCACAUGCAUUAAGGAGUGCAUUGCAAGUCAUUAAACAUUACCUUUGCAAGCCUCAACUAUCUCAUUGCUUUACACAUUCCCAUUUUUAAGUCCUUCCAACACAAUAAGCAACUGAUUAUUCCAUUACAAAGACAUGAUUUUCAUAAUAAUUACCCUUCUUUACUCUCUAUCUCUUUCAUCCUCCUCUUUAUUCCUCCCUGAAGGCCCAUGGAAGGACAAGAAUGGCACAUGAUUGGUGCUGAUUGUUUGGUGUUAUCGUGUUGUUGUCAAUUCUUGAUCUUGCAGAUGCUCAUGUUUCUCUUGUUCAAACUCCCUAGCAAAGUUUUUAGAAAAGCAAAGGAGUACGUGAAGAGGAAGUUUGGAAUACGAAGGAAGGUGGCUCGUUGUGUGGCUGCUUUUGUAGGGCGUCAGCAGCCAUGGCCACCACAUAGGGAUGCGGCGGAGGGUUUCAGGUGGGAGGAGUUGAAUGGUUGCAUGGAGGAAGUUGAGGAGGCGUUGGAGGAGAUGUGUAGAAAGGGUGAGUUUGGAUUUGGAAGCUUUUGGAGAGGAGAUGAAGAGCAUGAUUUGGAGGAUAAUUUUCGAAUAUGUUUUGUAAAUCAACAACUGGGAUAUCAUGAUGAUAGUGGAAAGUAUCACUUUGUUGACGUAUUUGGGCCUCUUACAAUGCAAUUAAUUUAAACUUUUUUUUUUUUUCAAUCCAAGUAAUGGAUUUUGAUAUCUUCCCCAAUAAAUGAGCAUAUGUAAUUUAAUACUAUCUUGUUUUAAGGAAAUAAGAUGAUAUUUUACUGAAAAGUUAUAGAAUUUGAACUUCGUUCCUUUUGAAAUAGUCAAAUUCAAGGAAAAUUUCUUCACUACCGUGCUUUAUAUUUUACCUAGAA